UCGCCCUUUUAAACGCAUACUAAGAAACGCCGCGGUCAUAUUUGUCUGACGUGUCGUACGACUUUGAUGUCGUACAAUUUUCAAACAGGUAAUGAUUAAUGACAGAACCAACCGCUGACAUGGAUUUAAGACAACCUCUCCCGUCGGACGACUUUUACACGGCGCAUAUAUGACAAUCCUCCCAUACAGUUUGCUGUCGGUGGCAAUAAACAGCGUGGGGCUUGGAUCUGUCUACUUGCCAAAACGUGGGCAAAUUUGGGAUCCAUAAGUGAACAGCAAUGUCAUCGCAAACGGUCGGGCGCCGGUUGUUUGGAAGCCGAUGGUUUGUCCUUCUAGUCGGAGGGGUGUUAGGAGGCUGUCUGACGCACCUGUUCGUCGUACCGAGCGGGGCAUACACGAACAUAGCACCGAAAGGUGCAGCCGGUGCGCUCGGAUGGUUUCUACGCGACUUCACCGCGCAAAACGACAACUCUUCAUCGACAACAAACCUGCAACACCGACUCGCCUACGCACCGACAUGGAAAGGACGGUUGCCAAAGGCAGAAGAAACACCAGGUCCUACAAAUAGGGCAGAGCCGAGAAAGAUCCUGCUAGACUGCGGUGCCAACGUGGCGUCCACAGUCCAGUUGUUUCGGGAGACCUACCCAGACGGUCAGGACUUCAUCAUACACUCUUUCGAGAUAGACGAGAGGCUGGCGCCGUUCUUCGCGUCGUACCCGAAUCACGUGCUACACUGUCCGACCGGGGUAUCCAAUAAAGAUGGAAAUAUGACGGCAUACUCCGAGUUGGUUUGGUCACCAGACAAAGGACUAAACAAUGGCAAAGACAUGCAGUGGGGAGGGGGGUCACUCUUUGCGUUUGACGAUGAGAAAAGAGACACCAAGACGGGAGGCAAACGGAAGUUGUCCCAUCACCGGAUGAUUCCGACGGUCGACCUGUCCCGCUGGAUCCAGGAAAACACGGCGGUGGAAGACUACGUCAUCUUCAAGCUUGACGUGGAGGGCGCAGAGUACGACAUCUUAAAGAAGAUGCUGGAAGACGGAACCUUUAAGUGGGUGGACAAGUAUUAUGGAGAGUUUCACGGCUGGCAGCCUGUCACUGGCUGGGAUAAAAACAAGAAGGCCAAACUCGUGUCUGAUGUACAGACAAAAGGCAAACGUAUGCUGGAUUGGGCAGCCGAGUACAGGACUUACAGUGACUUCAACACCAUGCAUCCUCCAGUGGAAUCUGACAGUUUUGCCGGCUCCCCGGGGACGGUAUACUCCAGCUGUUCAGCCCCACCCUCGAAAGCCCCUCGCCUGGCACUGGCUGUUCUGGUCGGUAUGAACGCCAAGGCCGCACACAAGCUGGUACAGACAAUAGCAGCACAUUCCAGCAGGAUGCCGGUCACGCUCUUCGUUUUCGGGGACUUCGUGCAGAUGUUUCCUGAACUGGUGACGGAAUGGGCGAAAACUUUCACGAUAGGCAUGCGCGAGAACCAACCAUUUCCGCUAGGACACUUUACACUUCAGGCAGCGAGUUGGAUCCGGAUGGGGCUGGUCAGCGCGAUACAGCGACUGAGCGAAGUGGACAUACAAACAGCCUACUACUUACCUGAGAAGGUGACAGACGUCGUGAAAAAAGAAGCCAACUCCCGGGGGUUGAGGAUCAUCGAACCGACAGCUCGCUUCCCUCCAACUGAUGAAAACUGGCUCCUGUCAGUUGAGAACUACUACAAGUACAGGGAUGUCGAGAGGGUUCCCAAAGCUCUCCGCGUCAUCGCCAACCAACUGGACAACAAGGGAGGCAUCGUCAGUCUGGACUCGGACCACCCGGACAGCUACAUGAUUUCAGUUUUCCUCAUGGACUACUUGGUGGAGAAGUCUGGUUAUAAUCUAGUCAGCAUGGUUGACUGUCUGAAGUAGAUAUCAGCAACAUCAAGUCGUCAAAAUUCAAUUGAUCACUAAGCAAUUUUUGAGUAUGCCAAUUUAAACUCAUUUUAAUAGUCGAAACUUGACUUAAACAUACUCGUUUGUCCAGCUUAAGAAAUGUACCCUACUAUAAUUUCAUAAGCGUCAGUGUCAGUCAGCUUCUGGUCCCUAACUAUAGGAAUUCCCAUACGCCAAAAAACUGUACUCUGCUACCUUAACACAGCAGAAUUCACAACAAAGCCGCAUAUGCUUGCCACUUCUGUGCUUGUUUACCUCUGAGGGGCCUUAAUCUCUGACCUUACCCACAAUUCCAGGCAGCAAUGGAACUGUGUGGUGUUCUGUAUAAAAAAAUGUCUUCAGAGACCAAGCAGUGUUGAAAACAAUAAUGUAUUUAGGGAAGGACUUCUGAAUUGAAUGAAUUUGAAUUGAUGCUAAAAGCAGAUUGUAA